UAAUUGUCAUUUCAAAAUAAACAAUUUAUAAAUUGAGAAUUAAUUUAAUUCAUUCCACUAUUUUUUAAUUCAGUGAUGACUAUUUAUCAUUUAUAUAUUUUUGAUAAAUUCGGCACUAUGCUAUAUUAUGCCGAAUGGAACCGUACAAAAAAAUCUGGUGUUAGCAGAGAAGAGGAAGCGAAACUUACUUAUGGAAUGCUUUUUUCAAUAAAAUCAUUCGUAAGUAAAAUAUCUCCACAUGAUCCCCGCGAAGGAUUUCUUUACUACAAAACGAACCGAUAUGCGCUCCACUACAUGGAAACACCUUCCGGCCUAAAGUUUGUGCUGUAUACCGACACUGCCGCGUUGAAUGUGAAAGAACUGUUACAGCAGUUGUAUAGCAAAAUUUGGGUAGAAUAUGUCGUACGUGAUCCACUUUGGAAUCCAGGCACACCCGUAACAUCGGAGUUGUUUCAAACGAAGUUAGAUGAAUUCAUAAAGCAGUCCGCUCUGUAUGGCAUACGUAAUAUAUAAGACAUAAUAAUCAUUAGUGGAAAUUUACUUUAUUUAAACAUUUCUGUUCCGUUGGGUGACCAUUAGCUCAAUAUAUAUUAUUAAAUAUUUCUUAAUUUAAUACAAAA